AUGGCCACUUUUGAAACAACAAAAAAGGGACCAGCCAUUGAUAACAAACAAACAUCGGAAUCGUCAGCUCCUGUUCAGGCCUAUGCAAAGCUUGAAAGCGAUGAUUUCUGCUACUACAUUCGCACUCUUCAGGUAACGUUGGGCAGAAAGGUCAAGAAGCCUGACAGUGUGGAUAUUCCGCUGGGAAACAUCAAGUCUGUAUCAAGACAGCAUGCUCGCUUGUUUUACAAUUUCUCAACGCAGCGCUUUGAAUUGAUGAUAUUUGGCAAGAAUGGCGCUUUCGUCAAUGAGCAGUUUGUUGAAAAGGGGACUACUGUGCCGUUGGAAAACAGAACAAAGAUCCAGAUAGGUGACCUGUCGUUUGUCUUUCUACUGCCACGCAUAGAUGUAGAAGAAGCUCCACAGAACGAAAGCUCUGGCUAUAUAUCAGCACCACAGCAGUUGGAAAAGAAACGCCUACUACAUCAAGUCAAGAGAAAGAGACCCUCUAUUCAAUUGUCGUCACCCAAAGAGGAUUGCUGGGCCAACUCCAUGUCUCCAGCAGACGACAUUACACAAUACGUAUCAAAAGAUAGCAAGCCACCUUACUCUUAUGCAUCUUUGAUUGCCCAAGCCAUCAGCUCAGACAAAAACAAGAAAAUGACACUGCAUGGCAUUUACACUUUUAUUGCGACCCAUUACCCGUAUUACCAAAUGGCAUCCAAUGGAUGGCAGAAUUCAAUACGCCAUAAUCUUUCUCUCAACAAAGCAUUUAUCAAGGUGCCACGAAGAGAUUCUGAGCCUGGUAAAGGUGCGUUCUGGACUAUCGAUGCAGUUGCAGAGGCUCAGUUUAGACAAGGAAUCUACAAGAAAUUAAAGAGAUCAAAUUCAGCAUCCAAAGAUACAGUGUCGCCUACUCUACCACACAAACGCAUGAGAUUGGAGGCUGAACACCAGACGGAGGAGGAGGACGAAGAUGAUGAUGGUCUUGAAGAUGAAUUUAACGCAAAUGUGGACAAAAAAGAAGCGCAAGAGUCCGAUAGCGAUCUUGUGCAGGUAAAAGAAGAAGAGCAUGCCAAGGAGGAAUUGGUGGCUGUAAAAGCAGAGCGAGCAACAGUGCAAGUGCCUGAUCUCCCAUGCAAGCCUUCCUCUAGUCCCACAUCUCAUAGCACAUCACCAAUGUCUCCCUCUCCUUCCGCUGUUGUUCAAUCUCAAUUACAAGACGCGAUACGCCAGCAUCUACUAGACCCCACCAAAUACCCAUUGCCACCUUCCAUUGCUCAAUUAUUGCCACAAGCGAUAGCUCAGUUACCGCCCCACAUGGCUGGUCAAAUAUCCAGCACGUUGAAAUCUGCUGUUAGUAAAUCGAAGCCAGAAAAUCCCACUUCAUGA